UACAAAACACAAAAAGAUGUCGUUCUACAAACUUCUGAAGAUGGCAAUGUUUGCUGUCAAUUUCAUCAUCUUUGUCGGAGGUGCCGCUAUAAUGGGCGUAGGGAUCUGGAUUAAAGUGGAUGGUGGAUCUUUCUUUGCAGUCCUGGAGAAUGUGUCAGUGUCCCUGAAGGUGAUAGCAAAUGUCGGCUAUCUCUGCAUUGCACUAGGGGCUUUCUUAAUGGUCAUUGGCUUCCUGGGAUGCUGUGGUGCAAUGAAAGAAAACAAGUGCAUGCUAAUGAUAUUUUUCUUGGUAAUCCUGGUGAUCUUCUUGGCUCAGCUUGUGGCUGCCGUGGUUAUCCUGGCAUUUUCUGGCUUGGCAGACAUCUUUAUGAGCUAUAUUGCAACAUGGCUCAAAGAAUUCUUUAAAAACGAUUAUGGUAGAGUUCAGGAGAUGACUGAGAUAUUUGAUGCUUUGAUGCUUCAGUUUAAGUGUUGUGGAAUGAGUGGUUACACCGAUUUUUUGAACUCAUAUUUCCUCAACACGACAGGAAGAUUUCCCACUGCUUGCUGCAGCAAUUUGAUUACUUGCGCCACACCAGGAACUGUGCAGGGUUGCUAUCAGGUAUUCCUAAACUUUCUGAAGAACAACACCAUAAUACUUGGUAUCGUUGCCCUGGUGAUUGCGGUACUUGAGAUGGGAGCAAUGGCAUCAUCCAUGAUAAUGUACUGUCAGAUCAGUAAAAUGUCAAAGGUUGCUUGAGAAUGGAGAAAACUGUGUUUGCAACACCAUUCAGUUUAUGGUUUCUUCCUCCUUUUGAUUGCUUUUAUGUAAAGAGAGAUCAUUGCUAAUAAACGAAAGCUUUUCGAUCACUGUCUAUUGCAUUUACAAAGGGCAUCAGUGAGAGAAAAAUGUGAAUCCUUACAAUUAUCAUCCCAUUAUUCCCACCACUCAUUCAACAACUGUAUCCCCAAUUUUCUGCAUUAUCCCGUGACUCCACAGUUGUUAACUUCCCUGAAGUUUACUGUAGUUUGGUCACCAGUGGUGUUUCAACCAACCAGCUGCCUCUUACUCAGUACCAGCAAAUCAACCUCGUGGACAUCAUUGCCAAAGCUGAAUCUUGGGGCCAGAAAAAUGAAGGCUUAUAUGCCUAAACACGGUGUUGCCGUGGUCUGCGCAAUGCUUUACGGGCCAGUGAUCAGAAGAUCAGGGUUCAA